GACCGACCUUCAGCGAAGGCGGCUAGUGCAGGUCGGCCGUUCAAGUUUAUGACACCAGUUUCAUUUCACAACGUAAGACGUUAUAUCUCCCUCUGGAAAUCGGUUCUUUACAAACCGGAGUUUUCUAUAUAAUCUCAUCGUCAUGUCUUUUCUGGUCGGUGGGGGUUUGUUACGUCCAUCUUAUUUAGUGCAUUUUAGACAACCCUUUAGAUGUGCUGGAGUUAAGAAAAAGAGGAACUAUAAUGAAAAUCCUGCUAAAUAUCGACCUUCUGUACUCGUUAAGACACUUCGCGGAUUUCAGUUUAAUGAUGGGGAUUAUGUAUAUAAAGGUGACAUCUUAGUUAGACAGCUUGGCAUGGAAAUAUAUCCAGGUGAAUCCGUCAAACUAGAUCCAGAAACUUGGAAUUUGGUGGCAUUAUGUAAUGGACGUUUCACUAUUAGCACAGAGAAACUUUCGCCUUUUCCUGAUAGUCCUUUAUACAAUAAAGUAAAAGAAGGCGACGAGAUUUAUAAACCGUUUGUACACGUCAUUAGUGAUCCAGUGGAACCAAUCUACAAAUUGAAGCGUUUUUUGUAGUUAACUGCAAUUAUAGCUGUUUUAUACAAUAAAAAAAGAGUUGUGUUUUUUAUUUUCAUCUUCA